GCAUUCUUCAAAACGGCCAAUCAGUGUCUAGCGUUUGUUUGCUACUGGUAUAUAGUCUCCUGCAGCCCAGAGAGGAGCACACAUCGUCAAGACGAACCACAUCUAACCAGCCAUGGCCAGAACCAAGCAGACCGCUCGUAAGUCCACCGGUGGCAAAGCGCCCAGGAAGCAGCUCGCCACCAAGGCGGCCCGAAAGAGCGCCCCGGCCACCGGCGGCGUGAAGAAGCCCCAUCGCUACAGGCCCGGUACCGUGGCCCUGAGAGAGAUCCGCCGGUAUCAGAAGUCCACCGAGCUGCUGAUCCGCAAGCUGCCCUUCCAGCGCCUGGUGAGGGAGAUCGCUCAGGACUUCAAGACCGACCUCCGCUUCCAGAGCUCCGCCGUCAUGGCUCUUCAGGAGGCCAGCGAGGCCUACCUGGUCGGCCUUUUCGAGGACACCAACCUGUGCGCCAUCCACGCCAAGAGGGUGACCAUCAUGCCCAAAGACAUCCAGCUUGCCCGCCGCAUCCGCGGAGAGCGAGCAUAAGGCGACCGCGUCACAUCCCAACAACGGCUCUUUUAAGAGCCACCAAAUACACUGAAGAUCUUUCCUUAUUUAUCCUUCCCGGCUGAGGCCAAGCGACAACUUUUAUUUGUUUUUUUUGAUGCAGACCAUCGUUUUAGAUGGUUUAAAUAAUGUUUAUUUAAAACUUGCAUCU